CUUACAUAUUUCUCAUUAAACUCCGUAUUUUACAUCUGUGAAGGUAUACACAGGUCGAGAAAACUCAGUUCAAUAUAUAGAACUUUAUGAAACUAAUCAAUUAUUUUGAAAAGUGAAGAAAACAAAAUCUAGAGUUUUAAAGACAGAAAAUGAGAUUCUUAGCUCUAUAUUUCCUUAUGGAAAUUUUAGUUGUUUACUGUGAGAUCUGUACUGUAGAUGAGGAUUGUAAACAAGAAAAUGACAGAGAUAAAACUCCAUCCGAGAAUAUUUGGACCCCUGAACACAAAUCUGAAGAAAUUAAUGUUCCUCUUUCUGAAGGUUUUAUUGAUGAUGAAGGUCUAUCUAAAGGAGGUAUCGAUGAAGAGAAUGUAUCUAAAGGAGGUAUUGAUGAAGAAGGUGUAUCUAAAGGAGGUAUUGAUGAAGAAGGUGUAUCUAAAGGAGGUAUUGAUGAAGAAGGUGUAUCUAAAAGAGGUUUUAUUGAUGAAGAAGGUCUAUCUAAAGGAGGUAUCGAUGAAGAGAAUGUAUCUAAAGGAGGUAUUAAUGAGGAAGGUGUAUCUAAAAGAGGUAUUGAUGAAGAAGGUCUAUCUACCGAAGAUAUUGAUGAAGAAGGUGUAUCUGAAGGAGGUAUUGAUGAAGAAGAUGAAGAUAUGGAACUGGAGAUGAAGUAUAUAGAUUUAGCUGAACAGUAUGGAUUUCAGUCCCUGAUUGUUGAUGGAAAAGUGAAGGAUAAAGAUGCUCUUAUCAAUGCAUUAACUGAUGCUGAUUAUGAUGAGUUAGUUUCAUCCAAUUAUCCUGAUACUAAAAGUAAAAAAGAAUCCCCUCUGUACAACCUUCAUCUUACUUUGGUCUACGACAAAGAGUUGUCAGGAGUUCACAAAGAAAAUCUUGAAGAGCAGGAGAAAGCCUUGAAACUCUUUGAGGCUGAUCAACUGCUACCUGGGGAUCUUGGAACAGGUGUCCUAUUGAAGGAAAUGAAUUCUGAUGAAAAAUUGAAAAGAGAUUUGAUGUUUAUUGAUCAUGCUUUUGAUGAAUAUAUCAGUGAAAUCAUAUCUCUCAAUAGAACUCUACCGGAUCGAAGGGAUCCUUGGUGCUAUAGAAAUGAAGAGUAUUUAAAUUCUCUUGAUAAACUUAAACCGACAGCAAUUAUUAUUUGUUUUUGUAAUGAAGCCUGGAGUACGCUUAUCAGAUCCAUAUUCUCAGUUUUAAACAGAUCUCCUGAACAUCUUAUUGAUGAAAUAAUAUUAGUAGAUGAUGCCUCUACCCUGGAACAUUUAGGAACUAAGCUUGAUGAGUUCAUUAAGGAUAUUCCUAAGAUAAAGAUUGUUAGGCUAAGUGAGAGACAAGGACUAAUGAGAUCAAGGUUGGCUGGAGUAAGAGCAUCUACAGCAGAUGUUCUUACUUUUCUGGAUUCACACAUCGAGGCAACUGAAGGCUGGCUGGAACCUCUUCUUCUACAGGUUGACAAGGAUCCAAAAACAGUUGCAUCCCCUGUGAUUGAAGCAAUUGAUGAAAAAACAUUUCAAUAUAAGUUUGUCCACCAUGAUCUAACGGGAGUUUUCAAUUGGAAAAUGGAGUUUGAUUGGGCUCAUAUCAGUGAAAAAAUCAAUGGUUCCAGGACCCAUCCCUGGUCCCCGUACAGUACACCAGUAAUGGCUGGAGGUUUGUUUACAAUCAACAAGAACUGGUUUCAGAGGAUCGGUCUGUACGAUGAAGGAAUGGAGAUAUGGGGCGGAGAAAAUCUUGAAUUAUCUUUUAGGCAGUGGAUGUGUGGAGGACGGAUAGAGAUUGUUCCUUGCUCCAGGGUUGGGCAUGUUUACAGAACAUACAGUCCUUAUCCAUGGAGAUCUGAUAUCAACGUGCUGGUAUGGAAUCCUAUUCGUGUUGCUGAAGUAUGGAUGGACCAAUAUAAAUAUUUAUAUUUUGACAGAUUGGGAAAUUGGGAUUUACCUUUAAAUCUACGAUUGGGGAAUUUCGGAGACGUUUCAGCAAGGAAGGCUUUGAGGUAAGUCCAAGGAGAU